GCAGUCAAAGUACGAGGAGAAAGAGCAUCAAACUGCUGCAUGGAGUUGAGAAACCAGGAGGAGGAUGCAAAGAGGGAAACACCUGCAGAUGCAAGAUGCUGUCAAACAUGUCGGCUCACAAUUCGAGUGGUUAUUGCCGUGGCAGCAACAAUCCUGGUCUCGGGACUUAUUUGGUGUUUCGUAUUAUUUGCCACGUGGACGGCAGCACCAGAAGUGGAUCAGACCUCCAAAACGUCAGGAGAGGAGAUGAUGACGGAGCGACUGCAGCAGUGCCAAAAACAGCGCCAUGAUGUUGACCUGAUGCUCCACGCUGCCACUCGUGACUCCAGGUGCAGUUUGUGUCCAGACGGAUGGCGGUGGUGGAGGAGUCGCUGCUACUUCUUUUCAGUGGGGCUGCAGGAAGAUCGUCGGUGGAACGAGAGCGCUGAGUUCUGCCUGCAACACAACAGCAGCCUGGCUGUGAUCAAAGACUCUGCAGAGAUGGAAUUUAUCCAAAGUGUGAUGAGGACGUUCCCUCACUUGCCCUUCAUGUGGAUCGGACUGACAGACGCUAAGCAGGAGGGUCAGUGGCUCUGGUUGGACGGGACAGACAUCCAGCACUCCAUGCCGGGGACGGUGGAGUGGGAUGCUGAUCACAGGGACUGUGCAGACCUGAGGGGAGGUGGGAGUCUCUUCGCCUCCAGCUGUGAGGCUUAUGGACCCUGGGCGUGUAAGAGAGACUCCUGACACACAUCUCCAUGUAAAGCGAUGUAUUUACUUGAGGGAUAAAGUCAGCUCUGCAGGGG